UUCGAUAUUCUCCUCCAGCGAAAGUCUGAAGCUCAUCUCGACGUCUUAGGUUUGUAAGAUGAGGAUAGCUGUGGAAGGCUGCUGCCAUGGGGAACUUGAUCGUAUAUAUGCAUCGAUCAAGCAUUUACAGCGGGUGGAGAACAUAACCGUCGACCUCUUGUUGAUCUGUGGUGACUUCCAGUCAAUUCGAAAUUCCGCCGAUCUUGGUGUGCUGGCUUGUCCUGACAAAUAUCGGGCGGUGGGAACAUUCUAUCAAUAUUAUACUGGUGAAAAGAAAGCGCCUGUUCCCACCAUUUUCAUUGGAGGCAACCAUGAAGCCUCAAGUUAUUUAUGGGAGCUGUUCCAUGGCGGAUGGGUGGCUCCAAACAUUUACUUUCUUGGCUUUGCCGGGGUGAUCAACUUUGGCGGACUUCGCAUAUCAGGAUUGUCUGGAAUCUAUAAAAAACAUGAUUACGAUGCUGGAUACUAUGAAACCCAACCUUUUAAUGACGCACAUUCACGGAGCGUCUAUCAUGUUCGCAAGUUCAAUGUAUAUCGCCUAGCUCAGAUAUCAAAGCCAAUUGAUAUAAUGCUUUCACAUGACUGGCCGCGAGGAAUUGCGUUUCACGGAAACACAAGGGCUCUUCUUCAAAUGAAGCCAUUUCUCGGUGGCGAGAUAAAUACAAAUACCCUCGGAAGCUAUCCCAACGAGUUCCUGUUGAAGAGGUUGCGCCCUUCGUACUGGUUUGCCGCGCAUCUUCAUGUCAAGUUUGCUGCCAUAUAUCGACAUGAUGGUGGAGACGCUCCUCAAGCGCCAAGACCUGAGGAGUCAUUGACAACGACUGCCAUGGAAGAUGUGGAAAAUCCCGACGAGAUCGACAUUGCUAGCGAUGUUGAAGAUGACCCUCAAAUGGCGGAUGUGAAGGCGGCAGCAGAAGAACCAGCACCACUUGACGAGGCCAACGAAACCGAGAAAAUUAUUGAACCCCCGACGAAUUUGGCUCAUAAUGAAGCAACAAUACCCGACGUGGUCCCUUCAAAUAUCGUGGAUUCGCCCACCCGGGAGACCGAGCCAGCUCAAAAUCAUUCCGACCCAUCACAUGCCCCCAGCGUCCCUGAGGACCCGUCCGGCUUUUAUCCUCAAGAAAAGCCAUCAACGGAUAUUAAGCAGCAUGCAAGUUAUACCAAGUUUCUGGCACUGGAUAAAUGCUUGCCUGGCCACGAUUUUCUUCAGGUUGUCGACAUCCCAGAAGCUAAUGGGCCGAUGGAGUUCACUUACGAUGAAGAGUGGCUCGCAAUCGUCCGUGCGACUCACGAUCUGUUUAGUUUGUCGUCUGAACAAAAGAAAGUACCUGAGGAUACCGAGAUUGCCCGGCGAAUAGCGGAAGAGUUGGAGUGGGUGCACGAACACGUUACCGGAAAGGAUGAUGGUUUGCGGAUCCCACAAAACUUUACCAUGACCGCACCAGCGUAUAUUCCCAGUCAGCAAAGUUCUCGGAAAAAGACCAAGCCAGCACCCCCUUACCUCAACCCUCAAACAGUCCGCUUCUGCGAACUAUUGAACCUGCCGAAUAUGAUUAACGCCGAUGGUCUUCCACCCGGGGCCUCACAGGCCAGUGGCCCUACUGGAGACGAGGUCGCUGAGGUCUUGGAAGCUACAGGGGAUUCAUCGUUGACGCAUGACUCGCUUGAUGACGACGUAAGCCAGCAGCCAGAGUCGCUCCCCCAUUUAGAAGAGCAUGAAGACCGGGAUGUGGACGGGGACGAAGAGGAAAAUGAUGACACUGAGAUAGGUGCCGAUUACAUUUCACUUGAAGCAACCAACGGCAUGACUGGUGUGGAUUCACCUAAGACAUAUGAGGAUGAUGAACUGACCACUGAGACUUCAGCCGAACACCAGACUGUAGUGUCGAUUAUACGUGAGGAGCUGGAUACCAUCUCUAUAGAACGCAUUAAUGAGGAAUCUUAAGCUUGCAGUCUUAGCUCUCCCGUUUCAAUAUAGUAAUUGCGUUAAAGAAAAUACAUCUGUAGUGUAAGGCCUGGCCUGCCCACGGUUAGCA